AUGGACCACGGCUUCGCUAGUGGUUCCGGUCAACCGAGGGCCAGUCAGAUAAACACCGGAUUCCCAGACCAGAGGGAGCAGACUGUCCAGACUUCGGAGUGGUCACUUCUACCUAUCGAUAUCCGAUUGACCAUAUUUGGGGAAGUAGCUGAGAUCAUCGGCCAAGGUUCAAAAAAUGGCCAACCAACAAAAGCCGGUCUGGCUCAAUGUGCUGCUGUCUGCAAGGAGUGGCAUUUUUUCUUCGAGAGACUUCUCUUCCGGCACCUAACAUUAACACAGUCCUGCCUAUGCGACUUGAAGGAUCUUAGCCGCCAAAGACAAUUCGUUGAACACCUCACUUUCCGUGUUGAACUGGAGCCAUAUCAUUGUGAUACUUGCACCAACAGGUUCAUCAGCGCCUCUCCACACAACACCGCCGACGCAGAGAUGUUUAGGGCAAGUAUCAGUGCACUAUUCUGGAUCCUCGAAUCCUGGGACAUCCAAAGCCCUGGAACCACUACAGGCUUGACACUGGAGCUUGGCGCCUACUCCCCCAGUGACUCUGAGCACACCUUCAGAGACAUGUACCUACACACUAGCUUCUUUGCUGGAGAGGAUUUUGCGAAGCUCGAGCUCCCCGCCACUGACCUGUCACAUGGAUGGAUUAACGGCCGCCGGUGGAGGUCUCCUAAUACGGGCGAGCUAUCGAAGCUUCAUGCGAUGUUGAUUUCGCCCAGUAUUUAUGAAGGUCCUGUGGUCGUCAAGGCUGUGAAGCACCUCGUUAUUCGACGAGAAAUGAGACGGAGGCUCAAUAUCAAAGACCUCCAGACAAUCACCAAGCGCCUACCGAACCUGGAGUCGAUGCAUUUUGAGCCAUGGCGAUCGUACAAGAUGCUUUGGGAUCGACGACAUAUUUCAGACGGGGAUUAUGAAGUCCUCGUCUCGACAUACCUUCCGCAUAGUCUGAAUACCUUGACGAUAUUUGAAGACUUCAAUGAAGACCAUAGCCGAGUCAACUGCACUGAGGAUAGUGACAUCUCUUGGAUUCUAAUGCCCGACCUAAUCAGGACGCCGGAUCGAGGCAUCGCCGGUGCCUUAUGCAGGAGAAGUUUUGGUCUGGAGAGACUUUUUGCCUCUUACAUCGUCGAUGCAAGCGACUUUUUCGACUUGCAAGAACCCAAUUGGGUGUGGCGUGACCUUACAUCACUUGCCUUAACAUCUCGGCUCCUAACCAGCACGGGUGACACCUCGGACAUCAACCUGAUGUUGAUGCAAGCAGGCAAAGCGGCACUCAGAAUGCCCAAACUUCAGGUGAUGGAGAUUUGGAAUGGGACGAAGGGGAACGCUUGCGUUUUCCGGUUCGAGACAACAUGGGCACAUGCUACCAUCGGAUGGUGCGGCACCUGGGACUUGAAUAUGUACCCACGCUUGAUCAACACUUGGAAGGCCGUUGCUCAACGCAAUACAAAGCAUCAGCUUUCAAUUCUAGCAAGCCAGGUCUUGGAUCCGCUAGAUAUUAAGUCACACGCAGUCGCAAUCCGCAAGCUGGGACUUCAGAAGGGGGUCGUUCAUCCUGUAUCGUUGGAGCAGAUACGCCGGGAGGCGCGUGGCGAUACUCACAUACCCGUCUUCCACUCUGAUCCCUCGCUCACCAUCACCACAACCGCUGCCGCCGCCGACGCCGACGCCGCCACCACCACCACCACCAACAACAACAACAACAGCAGCAACAGUAGCAACACCAGCAGCAGCCCCCUCCCCCCUCCCCCCGCCGUCCGCCGCCUCCCCCUCGCCAUGUCGCUCGUGGCCUCCGCCGCCGCCCCGCCGCCCCCUCCCCCUCCCCCUCCCCCCCCCCCCUCGCCGCCCGGCUCCCUUGGCAGCGAGGGCGGUUGGGCCCUGGAAUGGGCCUACCUCUGGCUCCUUUGGGCCGAGCAUUCGUUGAGGAGGGCCUCCGCCCUCAUCGUCCGCCUGGCGGCGCGAGGGGCGCCGCCAGACGAGCUGGACGUGGCCGUUGCGGCCCGAAACGCCCUGGCGGAGUGGGCGCGCUUCGCCGAGACCGUCGUGGCCGGCCUCUGGCUGGCACGAUACGUCCCUUAUUUUUAUCCACUUUAA